AGACCACCUUCAAGCAUGACCAAAAGGCUUUUCUAUGGUUGUGAUGUUGCCUUUUCACCCUACAGUGAGUAUUGGAGGCAACUUCGAAUGAUAAGUGUUCUUCACCUGUUGAGCCACAAGAGGGUCCAGUCGUUUCGAUUAGUGAGGGAAGAAGAGGUAUGUCUUAUAGUCGAGAAAAUCCGUGCAUCUUGCAAUGGCUCGGUGAAUUUGACUGAGAUGAUUGUUAAUCUUACCAAUAAUAUUGUAUGUAGAGUGGUCAUGGGAAGGAAAGAUUUAGGAGAGGAAGGAGAAGGGUAUAAUUUUGGUGAGAUGCUGAAGGAGUUACUUACAUUGGCGGGAUCAUUUCCUGUUAGAGAUCUCAUCCCUUGGCUUGGCUGGCUUGAUAUAUUGAGUGGCCUCGAUGCAAGAGUAAGAAAGUGCUCUAGAGAAAUAGACGGGUUUCUUGAAAGAGUGAUAGACGAACAUAAGCAUUAUAAGGUUAAUUCAAGCAAUGAUGGAGAGGAAAGCAACUUUGUGGAUGUGUUGCUCUCGCUAAAUGAGAAGGAUGGCAUGGCUGACAUUUCUUUAACCAGAGACAAUAUGAAAGCCAUAAUUUUGGUAACUCCCCCUCUUCAAACGCCUACAUGUAUAUAUUGUUAG